AUGCUGGGUUUGGGGCGACCUCGAUUAAAAGCACGUCCCUCGCUGCUGGAUCUGAUUGCCAGUCGCGGCGUGGUCGAUCUGUCCGAAUCCAAGCCAAAGCCGUCAUCACCGCCCGCACCGGACGACCUGCCACCGCUCCCCGUUUCGCCCACCUUGACGACCUCUAGCUCUAGCUUGAGCUGUCCCAGCAACCUCGAGCUUUCCUCUUCGCCGUCCACUUCGUCUACACCAUCACCAGCUUUAGACAACAUGGCUCCUUCUGGCAAGGACACAACUGGUGAGGACCAGCAUGGCAUUAUCUUCUCCGUUUCCGGACCCGUCGUCGUGGCCGAGCACAUGAUCGGAUGUGCUAUGUAUGAGUUGUGCAGAGUUGGCCACGAUCAACUAGUCGGAGAAGUGAUUCGAAUCGAUGGAGAUAAGGCUACCAUCCAGGUCUACGAGGAGACAGCUGGUUUGACGGUCGGUGAUCCUGUUGCGAGGACGGGCAAGCCUCUCUCGGUUGAGCUUGGCCCCGGUUUGAUGGAAACAAUCUACGACGGUAUCCAGCGACCCCUGAAGGACAUCUCCGUGCAGUCGGGAAGCAUCUACAUCCCCCGUGGUAUUUCGGUAAAUGCAUUGGAUCGCACGAAGAAAUGGGAUUUCACGCCCGGCAAGUAUAAGGUCGGCGACCACAUUACCGGCGGCGACAUCUGGGGUACCGUUUUUGAGAACAGCUUGGUGAACGACCACAAGAUUCUGCUUCCUCCCCGCGCCAGAGGUACAAUCACCCGGAUCGCCCCCGCCGGUCAAUACACUGUGGAAGAAAAGCUGCUGGAGAUUGAGUUCAACGGUCAGAAGUCGGAGCACGGUAUGAUGCAUACUUGGCCCGUCCGUGCGCCCAGACCGGUCAACGAGAAGCUGCCUUCCGAUGCGCCUUUCAUUGUCGGUCAGAGAGUGCUGGAUUCCCUCUUCCCCAGUGUGCAGGGUGGUACUGUCUGCAUUCCCGGUGCUUUUGGAUGUGGUAAGACGGUUAUCUCCCAGAGUGUGUCCAAAUUCUCCAACAGUGAUAUCAUUGUCUACGUCGGUUGUGGUGAACGUGGCAAUGAGAUGGCUGAAGUCUUGAUGGAUUUCCCCGAGCUGUCUAUCGAUGUUGACGGUCGCAAAGAACCCAUCAUGAAGCGUACAUGCUUGAUCGCCAACACUUCGAACAUGCCUGUCGCCGCCCGUGAAGCUUCCAUCUAUACCGGUAUCACGAUUGCCGAAUACUUCCGCGACCAGGGAAAGAACGUGGCCAUGAUGGCGGACUCCAGUUCUCGUUGGGCCGAGGCGCUGCGUGAAAUUUCCGGUCGCCUGGGAGAAAUGCCAGCUGAUCAGGGUUUCCCUGCCUACCUGGGUGCUAAGCUCGCCUCGUUCUACGAACGUGCUGGCAAGAGUAUCGCCCUCGGAAGCCCGGAGAGAAUCGGCAGUGUCAGCAUUGUUGGUGCCGUCAGCCCCCCUGGCGGUGAUUUCUCGGAUCCCGUCACCAGUAGCACCCUGGGUAUUGUCCAGGUGUUCUGGGGUCUCGACAAGAAACUCGCGCAGCGGAAGCAUUUCCCUUCGAUCAAUACGUCCAUCUCGUACAGCAAGUACACAACGAUCCUCGACAAGUAUUAUGAGAAGGAACACCCCGACUUCCCUCGUCUACGUGACCAGAUCAGAGAAUUGCUCACCAAGUCCGAGGAUCUGGAUCAGGUCGUCCAGCUGGUCGGUAAGGCAGCCCUCGGCGACUCCGAUAAGAUCACCCUCGACGUGGCCGCCAUGAUCAAGGACGACUUCCUGCAGCAGAACGGUUACAGUGAUUACGAUCAGUUCUGCCCCCUCUGGAAGACUAAAUAUAUGAUGAAGGCGUUCAUGGGAUUCCAUGAUGAGGCUCAAAAGGCCAUUGCGCAGGGACAGAGCUGGCCCAAGGUUCGUGACGCCACAGCUGAUAUCCAAGCUUCCUUGCGCAAUAUGAAGUUCGAAGUUCCCGACAAUGAAAAGACGGUCUCGGAGAAGUAUGAGAAGAUUCUCCAGACCAUGUCGGAGCGGUUUGCUUCGGUGUCGGAUGAGUAA